UUGAUUGUACUUUUUAUACAAUCCUCUUGGCAGAGCUUCCCUCUUCUCGCCAUCGGCAGAUACCUAUUUGAAAAGUCGAAGUUUCUUCAGAAAUUUCAUCUCGAUUAUUUUUUGUUUGUUCGACUUCUUCGUACGUAUUUUUCUGUUUUCUACAUAGUUUUAGGUCAAAUUGAGGAUUUGUAUCAUGAAAACAAUCCUUAUCACAACGCACUUCACGCUGCUGAUGUUACACAAGCUACCUACUGUCUACUCAAACGACUGCGUGUAGAGGGAUUUAUCUCCGCUUUUGACUUUAUGUGUGCCCUCUUGGCUGCUAUUUGUCAUGAUAUUGACCAUCCAGGAGUCAAUCAGGCAUUCCUCAUUAAAACUAAACAAAUGCUAUCCAUAUUUUAUGAGGAAUCAGUUCUGGAGCAUCAUCACUCAAAUGUUUGUAUCUCGGUUCUCUUACAAUCUCAAUGUCAUUUAAAGCGUUUGAUUUUGGCUACUGAUAUAUCCAAACAGGAGGAAUAUCUUGAUCGAUUGGAAGUGCGUUUGUCGUUUGAUAUUAUGGCAAUUAAGUGUGCGGAUAUCUCCAACCCGUGUCGGCACUGGGAGGCCUGUCUUCAAUGGGCCAACUGUAUUACUGAGGAGUUCUUUCAGCAAGGCGACAGAGAGAACCUUCUUGCCCUCCCCGUCUUGCCUCUCAUGAACCGCAAGAAAACCACCAAGGCCAAGGUUCAAAUUGGCUUCAUCCAGUUUCAGGUGCUGCCACUCUUUGAGCAGUGGGACGCCUAUGUGCGCAGCAAGUUUACCAGAUCACUGGUGGCGAAAUGCAAGAAGAACCUUGCCGUAUGGUUGGCCAGGGACACUGUGGCCACCGGGGAGCAACACGCCAACCUAUUCUCAUGA